GUGACCGCCAUCUUGAUCAUAGUCAUGCUCCUCGGCGUCAUUGUGGUUCUUCUAGUUAACCGCGGUCGUGCCAACGCGGGAGCUUUGGUGGCGGGCGCCGACGUCAAUGACGAUCCAUGCGGUACCACCAGCCGACCAGCACGUUUCGUGCACACGACAUCGGGCAGAAGGAAGCCCCGCACUAAGCGCGUGUCGCGCACGUCGGUCCGCGCCACCCCCUGGUGCGACGAAGUCCAACGCCGCUCGACCCUCCGGAGGCGCUGCCGCACCAGGCCCGGACGCAGCACGCAACCGAUGACGACCCCUACUCAUUCUGUGACUUCGUCUGCGGCUGCGAUGACGACGACUGCGACGGCAGAACCGAGUUCCGAGAAGAGCAAGCGCCCAGAACCAGUGAUGCCCCGGACGAGGCCCACACGGCAUGCUUCCAACGUGACUGGCGGUGGAAGAAGCACCAGCCACGCUACUACCACGACUAGGAUGCCCCUGGUGUGCACCGUGGGCAGCAAGGGCGCCGCGUUCAGCAUGUUCCCUCCUGCGGGGAUGUGCAGCCACGUGUUCUUCACGCACGUCCUGGUCUCGGAUGGUGCCCUGCACGCCUCGGGCGACGGUGGCGCCUGGGAAGACUUUGUACGCACCAUGCAGGCGGAGGAGUUCGCGGACUACCCGGCUGGCAUCUCCUUCGACAUGCGGUACUCCAUGACGUCGACCUUCAUGGACAAUCCUAUGAUACGCAAGGAACUCAAAGAGCUGGCCACUGGCACCAACAUCAAACACUACGGCAUCCUUAAUGUCGUUACACGUGCCGCCCAACUGACCUACCUGGUGGCAGCGGCAGGAACUCUAAUUACGAAACUGAGGCAGCUGCAGGAAGGAGACCGGAGCCGGCACAUCGUGGUGGCAGCGGGCCUAUAUACCUACAAUGAGCUUUCUGCCUGGACCACCUAUCAGGCCCAGUUCCACGUGCUUGCCGGGCUUGACGUAGACAUCCUGAUAAGCAUAAGCAGCGUGGGCACUAUGGAAUCGGACAAGAUCUGCUUUGCGGCGCCACCGACCGUAUGGAACUCGACAAACGCUGUCUUCCUCGGCUUCGAGAAACACUCCACGCUGCUGCUCGCUUCGGAGUCCUACCUACGCAAGGAGCUCUACGUGGGCCUCUCGUUUGAGAUGGGAGUCACCAUGUACCAGCUCAAGAAUGUAUCUACGCUCCCAGAGAAGGCGCUGUACGCACCAUGCACUGACUUCACUCUCGUUGGGUACGAGCAGGUGUGUGACCCACACGUGAAGCUCACGAGAAUGGACGACCUUCCCGUGGAAUUCGGAGCCACUUCAACCUCCGUCUUCUUCUACGAUAGCUGGGAGACAAUGAAGAGAAAGGUGGACCGAGUGCUGAGUCUCCCCGUGCGCAACAAGAUUGCUUGGCUCCUGUUCGACACGCACCUCUCUGACGUCACUUGGGAAUGCAGCGCAAGCUGGGAACGCGAGCAGAAGCUACAAGAGUACCUGGCCACGUUUGCCUGAUGCCACUGUGGCAAUCCAUGCUGCACAAGUGCACGCACAACCUUGCGUAAAUAACAAAGGAAACCAAUUUCGUAGCAACUGCCUGAUUCUACUGCGAUUACAAGCAUCACUGCAGCUGACGUUUCAAAAAGACAGAUGAUGCAUCAUUCACAGCAGCGUUGUUGCUUACAUUGCUAUUCAGAAUGCAAGGGCAGCAUUUAAGCAGCAUUUUUUUACAGUAGUGGGGAAUACUCCUUGGA